AUGAGUUUUGCAGAGUUUCAAUCAAGCCAUUUGCUUCUUGGCAUCGCUCUUGCAUUGUGCUUUAACCAAGUCUCGUCCACCACCAAUGAAACAGACAUACUCGCACUGCUCACAUUUAAGGCCGGCAUAACCAGAGAUCCUUUCGGCGUGCUCGACUCAUGGAAUAAUAGCAUUGGGUUUUGCCAGUGGUAUGGCGUUACGUGUGGCCGGAGGCACCGGAGGGUCACGGUCUUGGACUUAUCAUCACAAGGACUCUCCGGAUCAAUCUCUCCUUAUAUUGGGAAUCUCAGCUUCUUAAGGCAAAUAUGGCUCCACAAUAACAGUCUCGAUCAUGAAAUCCCUGCGCAAGUCGGCCAGCUGCACUGCCUUCGCUACUUACAACUAGACAACAAUUCAUUGGUCGGUGAAAUUCCCAAAAACAUAUCGGGUUGCCCUGACCUUGUUAGCCUCUUGCUUCAAGGCAACCAACUAACUGGCGAGAUUCCUGGAGAGCUCGGUUCACUGUCGAAGCUACGGGAGCUUGCGUUGUCUGUUAAUAAUUUGAUUGGGAGUGUGCCUUCCUCUAUUGGAAACUUAUCUUCAUUGGAGAUCCUUUUUUUAGCCGGAAACAACUUGGGCGGGAGCAUUCCCCGAGCUCUAGGCCACUUGACAAACUUGCAAGGCAUUAACCUCGAAAGAAACAGAUUGUCAGGUACAAUUCCAUCUUCGUUACUCAAUCUUUCUUCGCUAGCUACAUUAAUUAUUGGAGGCAAUCGGAUAGUGGGGACUCUUCCUGCAAGCAUAGGCCUCAAACUCCUAGUUCUUGAAUAUCUUAGUGUCUACGAGAACCAACUUGAGGGGCCGAUUCCCCCGUCGAUAUCAAAUUGCACAAAACUAGAGGUGCUUCAACUUUCAUCGAACAAAUUUUCCGGGAAAGUACCUUCUUUUGAAAAUUUGCGUAAGCUUCAUUGGCUUGUAAUCUUUGAUAAUAAGCUUGGAAGUGGAAAACCUGGGGACUUAAGCUUCCUUUGCUCGUUAACCAACAGCACCGAAUUAUGGGAAUUGACUAUUCAGAUGAACGAGUUUGGUGGGGUGUUACCUAAAUGCAUAGGUAAUUUAUCCGCCGCUCUCACACUAUUUUCUGUUAGAGAGAAUCAAAUAUCUGGUGAGAUUCCAAAAGAAAUUGGGAAUUUUGUCAACCUGGAAAUAUUGUCUAUGAGUAUCAACCCGCUUUCAGGUGUUAUCCCCUCAGAUUUGGGGAAUCUACGCAAUCUAGCGGGAUUGCUAUUAAGUGAUAACAAUUUGGGAGGGACUAUUCCAUCUUUUUGGGGAAAUCUAACCAAGUUGAUUACAAUAGAUCUUAAUGGGAACAACUUUCAUGGGCAAAUUCCUUCACAUCUAUCAAACUGUCGGUCUCUCGAUCUGCUUGAUCUGUCUCGUAACAAUCUCAGUGGUGCCAUACCCCCAGAGCUCAUAGGUCUCUCAUCAUUAGCGAUCAUUUUGGACUUGUCUCGUAACCAUCUGACUGGGGUUCUACCGACAGAAGUUGGCAACUUGAGAACUUUGACUGCGUUGGAUAUCUCGGACAAUUUGUUGGUAGGUGAAAUCCCAGGAAGUUUAGGUGAUUGCAUUGGAUUGACAUCACUAAGGAUGGCGGGCAACUUCUUCCAUGGGUCCAUUCCCCAAUCAAUCAGAUCAUUAGGAGGCAUUGAAGAACUAGAUAUUUCACGCAAUAAUUUGUCAGGAGUUUUCAAGAAUGCUACUGGUACUUCGAUUAUUGGGAACAAUGAGCUUUGCGGCGGACUGCCAGAAUUUCACCUCCCCAACUGCAUCUCCAAAAGCUCCAAGAGGAGAACCAUCAAUAUAGUGAUAUUGUCUGUUUCCGUUGUUUUCGGAGUUCUUGGAAUAGCUCUUAUUCUAGCUUUUAUUUAUCUUUGUUGGUUGAAGAAGAAAGUAAAUGAACCAAUUUCAAGUUCGAUGGACGAUUCACGUCCAAGCGUAUCUUAUAGAACACUCCUAAACGCAACCAACGGUUUUGCUUCUACGAAUUUGAUCGGUGUUGGAAGCUUUGGCUCUGUUUAUAGGGGGAUACUUGAGGACAAUGGAACUGUUGUUGCCGUGAAGGUGCUUGAUUUAGUCCGUCAUGGUGCUCUGAAGAGCUUUAUGGUCGAGUGUGAGGCAUUAAGGAACAUCAAACAUCGAAAUCUUCUGAAGAUACUAACAAUUUGCUCGGGUAGUGAUUAUCAAGGGAAUGAUUUUAAGGCCUUAGUCUAUCAAUUCAUGGACAAUGGAAGCCUAGAACGGUGGCUACACCCAAACGCAACAUUAUCUCAUCAUAAUGAGCUUCUGGAAAAGUUGAAUUUCAUUCGCAGGAUAAAUAUUGCUAUUGAUAUUGCUUAUGUAUUGGAUUAUCUUCAUCACCAGUGCCACAUUCCCAUUGUUCAUUGUGAUCUAAAGCCAAGCAAUAUUCUCUUAGAUGCUGAGAUGGUCGCACAUGUUGGCGACUUUGGAUUGGCAAAAUUUCUUCUUGGAUCAUCCCUUGAUACUGUAGCUAAUCAGAUGAGCUCUCUGGGUCUUAGAGGGACAAUCGGUUAUGCUCCACCAGGUAAUCUCUCUACUUUCUAUUAUAAUGAUAUGAGCUCCACCUUCUUUUGGAUGAUCAGCACUCCUAAUUUAAUCUGCACUAUGAUCAAAAUGUGUGACAGAAUAUGCCAUGGGAUAUGA